AUGUCAUCACCAAAGUAUGCAUACGAAAUUGGGCAACUGUUGAAGAAUCUGAAUGCGACCGUCGACAGCAGCACCAUGCCCGAGCAACAUAACUCCCACAGCGUGCUCAGCUGGACCAGUGAAAACGUAAGCGAAUGGGCACGGAAGGAAGGCCUGUCGCGACGCAUCAUCGAGUGGAUUGCACGCGAAGAUGUCGAUGGCCGAUGUCUGCUGGCGAUUACCGAACAGGAUGUGCACGAUCUACCGCAACACUGUGCCACGCAGCUCCGGUUCGGUGAUAUCAAACGGUUCUGGUUUGCCACCAGGCUUUUGCAGCGUCAGCAUUUGGCCACGACCGGGCCGCUCGGAAUGGCAGGCCUUUGGACGCCGGACUACAGUAUGAAUGGAAGCGAUAUGUCAACUCCUCACGGCCACCAUCCCAUGCACCCGCACAACCAUCAUCCGCCUCACCAUCAUCCGGGUGGGGCCGGUUCUCAUGGCGGCAUCGGGACGCCCCAUCACCCCUCCACGUCCAACCUGCACCACCAUCCGCACCAUACCUCGCUGCUGUCCAGCAUGGGCACUAGCUACGGUUCGGUCGGAUAUAGCUACAGCGACCUGGAACGCAUCUCACCACCAAUGUCCAUCGACGGUUGUGCCACGUGCAUUCAGCCGGAAUUUUUCAAAACGAUGAUAAGUUUAGGUUACGCCUUUCUAGUUACCUGGAUCACAGCAUUCGUAAUGGUGGUGGUACACGAGCGUGUGCCGGACAUGAAAAAGUAUCCACCCCUGCCGGACAUCUUCCUCGACAACGUGCCGCACAUACCGUGGGCGUUUCACAUGUGUGAGGUAACCGGCACGAUACUGUUCUGCAUCUGGAUGUGCGUUCUGGUGGUGCACAAGCAUCGCAUGGUGUUGCUGCGACGUUUCUUUGCCCUGGCCGGCACCGUGUUUCUGCUGCGCUGCGUUACGAUGCUAAUUACGUCGCUGAGCGUACCGGGAACGCAUCUGGAAUGUACACCGCAUGAUCACAAAUUCGACGACAGCAACGUGCGUAUAACGGAAAUGAUCUACCUUCGAAUCAGUCGUGCCUACACAAUCUGGAGUGGACUCGGCAUGUCCAUACAGGGCGUCCGUACUUGCGGUGACUACAUGUUUAGUGGACACACCGUUGCACUGACAUUGCUUAACUUCUUCAUUACGGAAUAUACCCCCCGGAACCUGUACUUCCUGCAUACGCUCACCUGGCUGUUGAACAUGUUUGGAAUAUUCUUCAUUCUGGCCGCCCACGAGCAUUACUCGAUUGACGUGUUCGUGGCGUUCUACAUAACGUCGCGACUAUUUCUAUACUAUCACACGCUAGCUAACAACCAGGCCCUUAUGUCACACGAUUCCAACCGAACACGCAUAUGGUUUCCGAUGUUUAGCUACUUCGAAAGCUCCGUCGACGGUAUCAUCCCGAACGAGUACGACACGGUGUACGGCGUACUGUACAAGAUGUUUGCUUGCGUGCUGUACGUAAAGGACGUAUGUAUGCUAACCGCCCGCCGGUUCUGGAUCACCAACAUUGAUGGACCGGCAGGUGUGCUCAAGACGAAGGUAUUACUGCAACACCUGCAUCAAAAGCAAGGUCAAUCUCAAACAGCGACACCGACGAAUCAAGCACCACCAUCAAACGAGGAAGAGUUGGUGUCACCCGCAAAUGCGGAAGCGAUGAUCGCAGAGCAAACCGAAAGCACACGGCCACCGAAUGCUCAACAAGGACUGAUUUCGAACAAUCUCGAACACAACGCAACCACUGUUCACAAUCGCACACCGGAGAGAAAACCCGUCAAGUGUAACAAUAUCAAUGCGGAGUAUGACGUCGCCAGCCUUAAGCGUAAGUCCUAUGGCAAUGUUAAUGCGACCCUUCCAAAGAUCGUGAACGAUACCAUAAAGUUUAACAACAAUAACAACAACAACAACAACAAUCAUCUUCCUCCCGGCGGACCAAAGGACAACACCAAGAAAGAGCUCUAG